UUUAGCCCUCUCGGCUUUACCGAUUCGGAAAGCCGUUGUCCGGCCGAAGCUCUCAACUAUUGCAGAAUCUUCGUCUUCAGCUUUUUUUCUUUGUUCCUUUGAAUCUUGAAUCUCUGUAAUUAGGGCUUUUCUUUCUUCUCUAAUUUCCUCUGUUUUCUCUUCCAUAAAAACCGCAAAUUCCUCUCAUCACAAACACCAGAAAUCCCCAAUUAUUGGCAAAAUUUCUUCCUUAGGGCAUUGUGUUACAAUUCGCUGAUUUGAAAUGGCGAAGCGAUUGUCAAUUGGAAGCAGAGUGCGAAACAAGCUAGCAGAUAUUACGAAUUCCAAGACAAUGAGAGCUCAUAUGGAAGAUGAAAGGUCUUCGGAAGCUUGGCGGUCAAAUCAAGACGUUGUCGAUCAGCUGGUGGACGAAAAUAUGGCUCUGAUGAAACUUGUCAUGGAGAAGAAUGAAAUUAUUGAUCUGAGUGAAGCCGAGCUAAACAAACUUCGGGAAUGCAUUCAGAAACUGCAGCUUCAGAAUUGGCAGCUUGCUCAAUCAAACAGUCAUUUUUUAGCAGAAAUCAAUUUAGGGAGAGAGAGAAUAAAAUCACUGGGGCAUGAGCUUGAAUGCAAGGAGGCCUUGCUAAAAGCAACGCGUUUGAAUACUGUGGGGAAAGCAGGAAUGAAUAAUGGAAAUUCUGAAUGGCAGGAAGAAGAGAAGCCAACAGAGCAAUUUCCACUUGCGGUUAAAACUGACACCAAAGCUUGCAGUGGAAACAGAAAGCCCUCCGGACGAGCUAGAAAUCAAUCUAUGAGCCCUUCAGCUUCAUACUCAAAGUGUGCGAUGAAGAGAGAUGAUGAAAACAAAAGGCAUUGUGUAAGAGCACAAUCUGGUAGAUUUAGAUAUCAAAUGAGACACCCUGAAGAUAACUCGUUUGAGAUAGAAGAAGACAUGAAAUUUACUGCUACUGGAGAAGAUGAAGAAGAAAGGAAGAACAACAAUGUCAAUUCACCAUCAUCAUCUUCCGCUCUGCAAAGAUCUUAUAUUGGAAGACCAUUGCACAGAGCUGCUGAAAAGAUUCAAUCCUACAAAGAAGCUCGUCACAACGCUAAAAUCAGACGACAUGAAUGACAAGUGAGAUCAUUAUACUGUUUCAGCUAGCAGUUUAAAUUUUACUUUCUUGUACGUAGCUAUGAUUAUUCCACCUGUGGCUUGUAUUGUUCGUGAUGUUUAUAUAUUAUUUUGUUUCGAGUGU